GGUCGCCACCACCAGAACACUAAGAUUCUUCCUAGUCAUGAAACUGUUCCUGUUAACUCUCUCCGUGGCCGCGGCCUUAGUCGCCGGCUCCCCGACCGGUCUAAACCGCACUAGCUUGUUGUCUCAGGGUCCAGAGGGUCGCAUCGUCAACGGCUACCCAGCUCCCGAGGGCAAAGCUCCCUACCUCGUGGGUCUUUUCCUCCGCAACGAUGGAACCAACACCGGCUCUGUUUGUGGUGGAUCGAUCAUCGCCAGCGACUGGAUCCUGACCGCUGCCCAUUGCCUGUCUGGUGACUACGCGGAAAUUCACUACGGUUCCAACUGGGCCUGGAAUGGUGCCUUCAGGCAAAACGUCCGCCGCGAAAACUUCAUCAGUCACCCCGACUGGCCUGCCCAGGGCGGCAAGGACAUCGGUCUGAUCCGCACUCCCCAUGUAGACUUUAAUGGUCUGGUCAACAAGAUCGCUCUGCCAAGUAUGAACGAGCAAAACGAACGUUACCAAGACACCUGGUGCGUUGCCUGCGGAUGGGGUGGCAUGGACAACGGAAACUUGGCUGAUUGGAUGCAGUGCAUCGACGUCCAGAUCAUUAGUAACAGCGAGUGCGAGCAGGCCUAUGGCUCGGUCGCCGGUACUGACAUGUGCACCCGCCAUGCCGAUGGAAGGUCUGUGUGCGGCGGUGACUCCGGUGGCCCCCUGGUCACACACGACAACGCUCGUCUCGUUGGUGUGAUCACCUUUUCAUCCGCAGGCUGCCACAGCGGUCCCUCCGGUUACACCCGCGUCUCCGAUUACCUCGAAUGGAUUCGCGACCAUACCGGUGUCUCCUACUAAAACUGAGGAAAAUUUCUUUUCCUAAUAAACAAAAUGCAAUAUUUUUAAA